UAAUUGGUUCAUCAUUUGACAUAUUGAUAGUUAAGUUCGUUUUUGUUGAACGACGUGACAUGGUGAAGUACGUAGGUGAACCAAAAGCUGCACAGUUUGAAUGGACGAUCGUAGAAGCCUGUGAAAAGUGAAAUUCGCCCAAAGUUAGCAAGUUGCCAGCUAAAGUUGAAUGAAACGAACGAUUGUGGGAGCAACACGAUCAAGUAACCGAGAAUUAGUUGAUUUUUUCGCUUGAUCACAUCGAGGGAUAAAGGACAACUAAGAAGAACGGAAAUAAGCAAUACUGUGUGUAGUGGGGAGUGGUGUCCAAUGAAGGUAUAGAGAUGAAGUGAGGAAAAAUGACUAUGAGAGUCAAAAUGUGUAAUAAAAAAAAGAUGUAAAGUGCCUCUGUCGGCUGGUUUGAAUGUUAUUUCCUCGAUGAUUGUAUGGAUUAGUGCGAAGAAAACUGCAGCAUACUAAUAAAAUUUAAAUACAGCAGGUAUUCUCUAGUUGCCCCAGUUCCCACGCACAUACACAAUUCAAUCUGGCGUCCCACGUAUAAUGGAAAAUCGCAAUGGUCGCGAUCGGAACAACAACAACGUAACCAGUGUCUUACCGAACGGAACCAUCCUGCGUAAACUUCAAUCGAAAAAAUCCGACGAGUGUCUUCUGUGCUGGAAGGAAGCCCGUAGCCCAAAGUGUCUGUGUCCCAAGUGUUCGAAGCAGUACUGCUUCCAGUGCAUUAGGAAGUGGCUGACGGACAAUAAAACCAAAACCAGCGAGUGUCCUAACUGCAAAUCGAAGUUACCGAUCGACGAUCUGGUUCGCUGUGCCGCAGAUCUAUUGACGAACGGCAGAGCGGACGCUAAUGUCGCCGAUUAUGGGAAACUGUAUCGGACGAAUGGAGUCGAGUCCGGUUCUAUAAAAUUGGUUGUGAAAGUGAUCGAGAAUGAUUCGCUCGGCGGGCGGUUGAUGAAUGGGGAUGCAGCUGGCACCGAGUCUAUGGUUAAUGGUGCCGCGCCGGGGAAAAUGCUUGCCAUUAAUGGGCGUCAAGCGAAGAAAUCAAAGGAUGUGAACAGAAAACAACAAACUCAACAAAAUCAGUCGAAAAACAGUGGAAAGUUGACGGAGGGUGAAGUGAAUCUUAAAUCUCUUAGCAAUGGAAUUGUAUGCAAUAAAGGAAUAUCCGAAAAAAGUUAUUUAAAUGGAGAUAAUGGAAGCGAACAAUCCGAGAAAGAUGCAACUCAGCAUCGCAAGAAUGGAUUUAAGAUUUCUGGCCCGACGGCGACGACGGCUAAAAAGGUUACACCCGAAGCGGUAAUACCGAACAAAAUCAAACCAAACAUUAACGGGCAUAUUGUUUCGCUGGGAGCCCCGUCAUUUCCAUCGGUAGAUGAUCAGGACGGCAAUAAACUCCUAUGUACACUACAUUCACUGCCACUAAUUUUAUAUUGCCUGUCCUGUAAUUGUUGCAUCUGCGAAACCUGUGCCUUCCACGAUGGUCAACAUUCUAAUCAUUCUUUGCAAAAAAUUUCCACGGUCUAUGACACUAAAUUGGACAGAAUUAGGCAGGAACUUGCUGCCGUCACUGGAUACUUGGAACGUAAUGGGCAAGUUAUCCAAAGCGUAGAACGAAACAUCGACUUGGUGAAAACAUCCAAAGCUCGCAAACUCCAGGAACUGAGCCGAUUGCUGCAUUCCGAAGCAGAAUGUAUCGAACGGCAAAUCAAUCGAAAGUUAACACUUCUUCAGGACCAGAAAGAUACCAUUGCCAACGAAAUCUUUCGAGUGACAUCGGCAUACAACAAAUUGGAAGCCGAACUGAAAGCAUGUUCGAAGCCAGAGCUGGUUGCGAAGGACGGCGAGUUUCUCAGAAGAUGUAGUCUUUUGAUAGAAAAUCCAGAUGGGCCUAUUGUUCUCCAGCCCGUUCCGACAGAUUUGGAAUGCGACUUUAUUCCUGAGUUCCGAUCAGAGAUCUUCAUCAUCAAAGACUACCAGGCGAUCGAACCGAUCGAAGAGUGUCGCACAUCCGACGUUUUGUACGACGUAGUAGGCUUCGGUUGGCGUCUGCAUGCGUGGAAAAGUGACCACCUCUCGGUUACUUUGAUAAUGACGGAAGGUGUCACUGGAAGAUACGAGUACUGCAUCGAGCUGCUGCAUGAAACCGAUCCGGUUAAAUCGAUCAAGUUAACCCAAAUCGAUCAUUUCGAGUGGCAUCAAACGGGACCGGUGCACGAUUUGAUCGAAAACGAACGGUUGGUGGAAGAGGGCUUCCUGAGUGCCAUGAACGCCACACUCAGGAUUAAGUUUUCCGUCAGGCCGCCGACGAUCGUGAUGAAGAGUCGCUAUCAGCAGGAGUACAUCGACCGAACGCGCAAAGAUAAUGUCAAUGAAUAUGACAGCAACGUGAUCACCAUCUGCAACAUACGGGAUCCAAUGACAUCUAUUGUGCUUUCCAAACAGUACACGGACACGGUAGGCUCCAGGUGGCGCCUUAACGUAUACCCCAAGGGUAACAAUACCAACUACCGCUAUCUCAGCACGUACGUCGAAUUGUGUGACGGUAUCGCAGGAAAAUACCAAUACAUUGUGGAACUGUUGCACAGUGACACGCAUCGGCAGGUAAAGUUCCAGUCAGAAGAUCACUUCAGAGUAGGCGAAAUCCGAGGCUACCAGAAGUUUAUUCGGGUUAAACGGGUCCUAGAGGAGGGGUACCUCAACGAGGAUGGUUCUAUCUACAUUCGGCUGUCGAUCAGACCGGCGACGCUGGCCUUGCGCUGUCAGUACCAGGAGGAAUACCAAACGCUCAAGGAGGAGAAGAUACUCUUCCAGUUUAACAGUCAACUGAGCCAACACCUAACGCGCAUCAGGAAUCUACGGGAGGAAAAUAGUUCGCUGCAAAGCAUAGCAUAUCCGGAAUAUAACUCUAAUAUCUUUGUUAUGCGCAACUUUACCAGUUUGCGGCAAAACAACGAGGAUAUCUGUUCGGACAACAGUUACGAUGAUUUGGGCUGCUGCUGGCGAUUGAUAGCGUACGCCAAUGGGGACAAGGAUGGACGGGGCGAGUGGUUGAGCGUGUAUCUGCGUUUACUAGAAGGGAUUCCUGGAAGUUAUGAUUAUUGCGUGGAGUUGCUACAUAACGACGUAACGAAGACAGUCAAGAUGGAAGGAACGGAAAGGUUUGAGAUUCAGGAGCGGUUCGGAUGGUCCCGCUUUGCACGGCUAGAUAUGAUUUGUGCGAAUGGAUUCGUUAACGAAGAGCAUGAUGCCCUGUACUUCCGGUUCUCGCUCAGACCUCCUAAUUUUAAGACCAAGUGCGAAUAUCAACAGUUAGUACGGGUGGAUGCGAAGCGAGAGAACGAGAUGCUGCGACGUGAACUAAUACCGGAAUUCAACACAAUCACCUACACGUUGAGGAACUUUUCCGAGCUCCAACAGAAGGAUGGAUUUGUCUAUUCUGACCCUCUGUGCGACGACCUAGGUUUCACCUGGCGACUAUUAAUCUACACUAACGGACACAACGAAGGAAGAGAAAACCAUUUGAGCGUGUAUCUGAUACUAUUCGAGGGCGUUUCCGGAAGCCGAUUCGAGUACCGGGUGGAGCUACUGCAUCAGAACCCAACGGCCAACAUAAAAAUGGAGGGCGUCAACGUGUUCAAGCUGAAGAAGAUUUGGGGCUGGCCGCAGUACAUCCACCACGAACGGCUGCGCCAGGAGGGCUACCUAAGCGAGGAUGAUUCGCUGGAGUUUCGUCUUUCGAUUUGCCCGCCGGACAUUAAACUAAAGUGCGAAUAUCAACAGGAGUUUAUUAAAAAACUUAAGGAAAAUCAAAAGUAGGUUACUUGACAAGGGUGUGACUGCGAGAACGUUGAGUGAGCCCACUGAGACGUCCAAAAAAUUGUUUCAAAAUCGUUCAACACGGGUCCAACGAUGGACGUUCGUUGAACGGUUAUUUGGACGUUGUACAAAUUGGUCCAACGAACGGCCUUCAUUGGACGAUUUUGAAACCAACCGUUCUUAGAGGGAGAUGUGUGCUGAAGAAAAAGAAAACAAAUGAAUUCACACAAAAGUAUGCCCCGCAGAAGAAAGCGCAAAGAAAAGUGUCGCGGAGGGGGUGUAGCGUGUGUGUGCGGUACGACAGGUUGUGAAAAUUAAGCAUGGAUCAACAGAAAACGAACAUGUGACGUAGGAAAAAAAUAACAUGAACUAGCGACACGGGAGUUAAGCUAAACAAAAAAAAGUGAAAUUUUCACAGAAGCGAAAGAAAAAGUUAUUAAAUAUGUGUAACCUGCUCUCGUUAGAUGCGUGUCGGUUCUACCGCAGAGAUAGAAGAAAGCUUAUUUUUAGCGAGAAAAUGAAGGAAAUUAAUAAAUGUUUGAAAUAGACUAGGCGCAGCGACAAGAGGAACAGCGGAAGUCAGUCGGCUGGGCUAAGCACAGAGCGCCGCGGGAAGAAACGCAAAUACAGCGGAUUCGGUUUUGUUGACGUACAAGUGUUGUUAUUAUGAUACUGACUGUCAUUUUCACCUUCCUCGGAUGGUGGACGAAAUGGAGCAUAUUUUUAUUUAUUCAUACACACCUCAUAUUCUUUUUAAUUUAUCUGUUAAAUAAUUAAACUAUUGCGUAAGCGGAUCUGCCAGUGUGUUGCGGUCUCGGAAGAAGUGAGUCCACAUUGUGGAAAGAAAAUUGAACUGCGGGGAAAUGAUGCAGAGACAACAAAAAAUAAUAAUUUCACUGCUAACGAUCGAAUGAAACUUCAAAUGUGAGCGUGUCACAUAGGUAUCGAACAUCGUGAGCGAGAAUCAUUUUCGUUUUAGCUUCCAAAUGUGUAUAAUAAAAGCAAAGAAUGAUUUAUGAAA